AUUACUAACUUUCCAUCGUGAGUUAUACAAGCGUGAGUAACAAUCGCCCCUAACGGACUAUCCGCCAAUUUUGAAAUCAAUCUUCCCGUCUGCAAAUCCCAAAUUCCUACGCAAUCUCUUGUCACUAUGGCUGCUAUAUUACAUUCUUCCGCCAAACUUUGAAUACAAUUGACAAAAAAGAAAUUUCGAUAAAAAUAAAAUCGACUUAUAUCAGAUUUUUUAAUGGACCAAAUUUAACAUAAAAUACUCGAAUACUUUCAAUUAAACGAUCAAAAUGGCGCCGCCAGAUCCAGUGACGCAAAUGAAUACGUACAAAUCGUACGUAACGAUGCUGGCCGAUCCAGUUUCCAAGGAUGAAUUGAAACUGAAGGCCGCUCAAGAAUUGUCGGAAAAUUUUGAGGUCAUUAUGUGCUCCUCGCAAUAUCCGGCAUUUCUUGAUCACAUGAUGAAAAUUUUCUUGAAGAUACUACAAGACGGCGAGCCGCAUUUUAUAUCGGAGUACAACAUCCAACAAGUUAGAAAAUUGAUUUUGGAAAUGAUACACAGAUUACCUAGCAACGAUUAUCUACGCCCGUACGUGAAACAGAUCCUAAGUUUGAUGUCUAAAUUAUUAGAGACCGAUAACGAGGAGAACGUGUUGGUCUGUCUAAGGAUCAUCAUCGAGCUGCACAAACAGUACAAGCCGACUUUUAAUCCGGAAAUACAAUAUUUUUUGCAAUUCGUUAAAUCGGUGUACAGCGAGUUACCAAAUAAUUUGCCAAAAAUAUUUGAGCCUCGAUCACCUCUGAGAGUGAGAGAUUUAUCGGAAAUAAAUAUAGAGGCACUUUUGAAAGAAACGUUCACGAUCACGGCUAUACAAAGUGAGAAAAGGGCGGCGGAUGGCACUCUUAUCACCUACAAUUUGAUUCCCAAGGCGGUGCUGUCUCUCAAGGUGCUUCAAGAGUUGCCAAUCAUAGUUGUGCUUAUGAAUCAAUUGUACAAACCAAACGUGACUCAGGAUGUCUCCGAUUUUAUCCCCCUCGUGAUAACCACUAUAACUCUGCAACCGAGUCCUCAACAUCGAGCAUCCCCUGGAUUCAAUAAAGAGGUUUUCGUUGACUUUAUGGGGGCCCAGAUCAAAACAUUGUCGUUUCUGGCGUACAUUAUCAGGAAUUAUCAAGAUGUCGUCUCUCAACACAGCUCGAUAUUGGUGAAAGGUAUAUUAGGUUUAUACACGUUAUGCCCCAUGGAGGUGGCCCAUCUACGAAAGGAGCUGGUGAUCGCGUCCAGGCAUAUAUUGGCCACGGAUCUUCGAAAUAAGUUUAUACCCCACAUGGAAUGUUUAUUCGACGAAGAUAUAUUUAUCGGACGAGGCUGGACCACCCACGAAUCCUUGAGACCUCUGGCGUUUUCCACGCUCGCGGACUUGGUUCACCACGUUAGGCUAUAUUUGCCGUUGAGCGACGUGUCCAAGGCGGCGCAUCUCUACAGCAAAAAUCUGUUGGAUCAAAGCCUUCCCACGACUGUACAAAUGGUCUCGUGUAAAUUGUUGAUGAAUCUGGUGGACACUGUGAGGCAAAGAUCCGACGCCGAGAAUAGCACUCAGGGCAGAGAGCUGUUGAUGCGAAUCCUUUUGGUGUUUGUUUUAAAAUUUAAGACGAUAGCGAAAAUUUAUAUACCGAUCUUGCGUAACAAAGCUAAACAAAUGACCCCUCCCGGAUUGGACGCCAAGGCGGAAGAUGUUAAACCGCUUGUACCUGACUUGAACGAGGAGAAGGAGAGCGGAAAAUCGAAAUUCGGUUUUCCCUCGUCUCAAGCUAUGAGCUACAACGUUGUUGAUUAUAGGAAUUUGGUGAAGAAUUUGGUGCACGGGGCGAAGGCCAUCACGGCCAACUAUAUCAACAGCAAAACCGGAGAAGUGACGCAGUCUAAUCAAUUUCAAACGAAAGAGACAUUGGUUUAUAUCAAAUUGGUGAAAUGGGCGUUGCCGGCGUUGGAUAUUUACACGAUAGGCCCUCCCACGAUUGGAGCUGUCGCGCAACAGGGUAGGCCGGCCCAGUCCCAAACGAUACGGACGAGGGAAGAGAAGGAGGUGUUGGAACUUUUCGGGAACGUUUUCACCCAGAUGAACCCGCAGACAUUCCAGGAAAUAUUCUCGACCUCGAUCGACUACAUGGUCGAGAGGAUCUUCAAGAAUUGCGCGUUGCAAAUAAUCGGAAGUGCCUUUCUGUCUAGCCCCACGAUAUCAUCCACUUUUGCAACGAUACUGGUCGAAUAUUUAUUGGAGAGGAUGGGUGACAUGGGAUCGAACGUGGAAAGGAGCAAUUUGUACUUAAGACUCUUUAAAUUAGUAUUCGGUAGCGUGUCGCUUUUCCCGGCCGAGAACGAGCACAUGCUCAGGCCGCAUUUGAAUCAGAUCGUGAAUCGAGCCAUAGAAUUGGCCAUGUCGGCCAAGGAACCGUACAAUUACUUCCUUCUGUUGAGAGCUCUCUUCAGAUCUAUCGGCGGUGGCUCUCACGAUCUUUUGUAUCAAGAAUUUUUACCUCUGCUUCCGAACAUGUUGGAAGGUUUGAACAGAUUGCAGUCUGGUUUACAUAGACAACAUAUGAAAGAUUUGUUCGUGGAAUUGUGUUUAACGGUACCUGUGAGACUUAGUUCCCUUCUACCAUAUUUACCCAUGCUGAUGGACCCUUUGGUUUCGGCAUUGAACGGAAGUUACUGCUUGGUGAGCCAAGGAUUACGAACCCUCGAACUUUGCGUGGAUAAUCUUCAGCCUGACUUUUUGUAUGAGCACAUACAACCUGUCCGAGCCGAUUUGAUGCAGGCAUUGUGGAGAACGUUACAUAAUCCUACCGACCAAGCACACGUGGCUUUUCGAGUUCUGGGCAAAUUUGGUGGUGGAAAUCGAAAAAUGAUGAUCGAGCCGCAAAAACUGGAAUACAACGAUCGCGAGACCAAUUCUCCAGCUAUCGUCGUCUAUUUCCAGGAACCAACGAAACCCAUAGAUUUUCCUGUGGAAAAGGUAAUCGAGACUGCGUUCAACGCCCUAAAGUCCAACAACACGGAUUCGUUUUACCGCAGGCAAUGCUGGGAAGUGAUCAGCUGCUAUUUGGCCGCGUCGUUGCGUUUGGACGACAGCAACGCCAUAUUGCAAAAAUUGUUCCUACAUCCAAGUUUCAAAGAGAGUAAAAUUUCGCACCAACGGGGCCCCCAUUACCAAUGCCCGGACACCGUGGCGAGAAACGUUCAGCAAACGGCUCUUACCGGAUUGUUCGUCGCUGCGGAGAUCAAGGAAUUGAGGCAUUCGGUAUUGGGCACCGUGGUGUCGAUCGUGAGACAUUACACCAUGGUGGCGAUAGCGCAACAAGCCGGCCCAUUCUGCCUUACGGGAAGGCAGAUACGCAUGCAAGGACAAGAUCCCCUCGUGUUGAUCGAUGCCCUGGCAGUGAUCAUGGGCCACGAGGAGAAAGAAUUGUACAAGUCCGGGCAUUUGGCCCUUGUCUUGAUCCUAGAAACCGCGACCAACAUUCUCGGGUCGAAGGAACGAGCCUGCCAAUUGCCCCUGAUGGAAUAUUUGGCGGAGAAGAUGUGCUCCCUUUGCUACGAGCGUGCCUGGUACGCCAAAUUGGGAGGGUGCAUCGCCAUCAAGUUUCUUUUCGAAAGAAUGGCGACCAAGUGGGUGCUGAAUCACCUGUUCGUGUUCCUAAAAGCUCUGAUGUUCGUGAUGAUGGAUCUCACGGAAGAGGUGUCGAACGGCGCCAUAGACAUGGCGAAGGCAAACUUGGAGAAGAUGUUGAGGGUUUGCGUGAACCCGGGGAUUCAAGAUGGGAACACAGAGCUUAUCGAGGCGCAGAACAAAAGUUUGUACGAGGUUACUCACGAGUUGGUGAGGCAAGUAACUUCGCCGCACACGUUGGUUCGAGAACAGGCCAUGUCUUCGUUAAGAUUGCUCGCCGAGAUACAAAAUAAAACGGUUACCGAGGUGAUGGAACCGCACAAAGAGGUGUUGGCCGACAUGAUCCGCCUAAGACAUUUGCUGAGACAUCAACCGGCCAACGCUCAGAUCGGUUUGAUAGAUGGGAACACAUUUUGCACAACGCUGAAUCCUCGUCUCUUCACGAUCGAUUUAACGGAGCACGAUGUGUUCUUUCAAGAGCUGUUGGCGCUCAGCGAGGCAGAGGACGCCAAUCUGAAUAAACUGCCUUGCUACAAAUCCGUCUCGAAUCUGAUCCCUCUCAGGAAAUCAGCUUUGAGAGCUUUGGCCGCCUGCCAUUAUAUCGUAACCUGUCGCGAAAGGAUAUUCGGCGUUUUGUACAAAGCUUUGGAAAAACCGAACGCGGAGCUCCAAGAAGCGGCGUUCGAAUGCAUGCAGAAAUUCAUAGCCGGUUUCCAAAUCGACAUGCAGUCCGUCCACGCGAUUAUGAGGCCUAUGCUGUUGACUCUGGGCGACCAUAGGAAUCUUAGCCUCAACUGCGUCAAGAGGCUCUCGUAUUUGACCCAAUUAUUUCCAAGCACGUUCAGCACCGCCCUCUGCGAACAGCUUUUGCAACAUUUGAAGAAAUUGUUGGAGAAUUUAAUUCAAGCGCACAAGGGUAUAUCGAAGUCUGGCGAGAACGAGCAGAAGAUAGCUACGAUUAUAGGAAUAUUUCACGAAAUUCCCGCCGCGACCCCUAUAUUCAUCGAUAUUUUGUGCAGGCUCGUAUCAACGGAAAAAUCGCUAAUGGUCGAGGUGUCCAGCCCGUUUCGAAUCCCCCUGAUGAAGUUCUUGCUUCGAUAUCCCACGGAGACGCUCAAUUUAUUUUUACUCGAUAACAAUAUCAAGGAUCAACAAUGGAGCAGAUACUUGGAGUUUCUCGUUAAACAGAAAGAUGGAAAACCGUUCCGCGAUGUGUUGCACGGCAGCACGACGAGAUUGAUAACCAUGCUUCUCGCCCAUUCGCAAACCAAUUCGAACUUGAGCCAUAGCGAGAAGAGCGAGUUGCAACAUCAAGCCAUCAAGAUUAUCGCUAUUCUGAUUAAAUUCGACGAGCAAUGGUUGUCGACGCAGAGCCAAUUGGUAGGCGCGUUGAAGCAAAUUUGGUGCAACGACGAGUACCACGCUUUGCAGAAGAAAGUGGAGAGCGUGGAGUAUUGUCAUUGGAAGGAGCCGAAGCUAAUCGUAAAGAUCUUGUUGCACUAUUUCCGCCACCAUCCCAACGAUAUAGACUUGUUGUUUCAAUUAUUGAGGGCGACUUGCGACAGAUUUAUGCCCGAUUUCCAAUUCUUGCGAGAUUUCUUGGAGCACACGGUGGCCCAGGAAUACACGGUCGAGUGGAAGAGAAGCGCUUUCUUCAGAUUCGUCGAUCAUUUUCCCACGACCAAUUUGUCUCAAGAAUUAAAAGCGAAUGUUUUGCAACUAAUCAUAAUUCCCUGUUUCGCGGUGAGUUUCGAGCGAGGUGAGGGUACGAAGUUGAUCGGAGGAGCGCCGAUGCCGUAUCAGGACAACCCGGAGAACGUUGUCUCCGUGUUCAUCAGCAAAAUCAUCGAUCCGGACAAUCCAUUCGGUUCCGCGGAUUGCGUCCGUAUCUCGUUGCUUCAAUUCUCUUGUCUCUUGGUGGAACAAGCUUCUCAGCAUAUUCACGAUGUCAGCAACAAGAGGCAAGGUAAUAAGUUGCGAAGAUUGAUGACUUUUGCGUGGCCCUGUCUUCUAGGCAAAAAUUGCGUCGAUCCGACCACGAGGUACCACGGCCACUUGCUUCUCAGCCACAUAAUCGCCAAGUUCGCUAUCCACAAGAGGAUAGUCCUUCAAGUGUUCCAUAGCCUGUUGAAGGCACACGCGUUAGACGCGAAAAACGUGGUUAGACAAGCACUCGAGAUCUUGACACCCGCUAUGCCCGUCAGAAUGGAGGAUGGUAACACGAUGUUGACGCAUUGGACGAAGAAGAUCAUCGUGGAAGAGGGGCACUCUAUGCAACAGUUGCUUCACAUUCUUCAUCUGGUAGUUAGACAUUACAAAGUGUAUUAUCCUGUCAGGCAUCAUUUGGUUCAGCACAUAGUGAACUCGAUUCCGAGGCUAGGAUUCAGUCCAACUGCCACGAUAGAGCACAGAAGAUUGGCCGUCGAGUUGGCGGAAGUGAUCAUCAAAUGGGAAUUGCACAGGAUCAAAGACGAAGCGGAGAAUAACGAAUCGGGUGGUACGAAAGCGGCCGGAUCCGUGAAACGACUUGUGACCGAGGAUUCAGCUGGAAAUAAACGUAUGAGUAGUCAAACGGCGGCAGGAAGUAACACGGUUCCGGUCAUCUUGCCCAGGAUGGAGCCCGGCUCGACGAAACCCAUCGAGAGGGCUCACGCCGACGCGAUCUUAAAUUUUCUGCUUCGACUUGCUUGCCAAGUGAACGAUGUUAACACCCUUCAUGGAAAUCCAGGUGAACAACUCGCGAGACGUUGCGUCGCUUUGCUGAAAAUGGCUUUGAAACCUGACGUUUGGCCGCAAUCGUGUGACCUGAAGCUGGCCUGGUUGGACAAAGUGCUGGCCAGCGUCGGCAGCGCCGAACCCAACUACGGUAACAUCUCCACAGCUCUGGAAGUGUUAACAUUUUUAUUGGGCGUGAUGAAGAGGGAACAGAUUUUGGCAGGCUUCAAACCAUUGCAACGUGGAAUAGGUGCUUGUAUAGCGAGCAGCAACACCAAAGUUAUUCGACUAGUUCACGGUUUAUUAUCCCGUUUGAUGACCAUCUUUCCGGCCGAACCAACUUCCUCCACAGUUGCCUCCAAAUACGAAGAAUUGGACACUUUAUACACCACCGUCGGUAAAUUUAUCGUGGAUGGUUUGACGACUUACGAGAAGAACACCACGGCUACUCCGAGCACGUUGUUCGGCACUUUGAUGAUGUUGAAGGCCGCCUGUACGAACAAUCCGAGCUACAUCGAUCGAUUGAUAACUCCCUUUAUGAGGGUUCUUCACAGAAUGGCCAAGGACCAUUUGCAUUCGGCUCAAGCGGAGACGAAUCCAGUUGGUAGCGAGUUGUUGAUCUUGAGUCUUGAUCUCGUGAAGAAUCGGGUAGUGGUGAUGGGCGUGGAAAUGAGGAAGACGUUCAUAGGCUCGAUUCUAGUCGGUUUGAUCGAGAAAACUCAAGAUAUAAAGGUGAUGAAAGCUAUCACGAAGAUGCUCGAAGAAUGGAUGAAGAAUAAAAAUCCUAUCGCGAUAAAUCAAGCGCCCAGCCUGCGUGAGAAGUCGAUACUUUUAGUCAAAAUGAUGCAGUACGUGGAAAAGCGUUUCCCCGAUGAUUUAGAGUUGAACAGGCAAUUUUUAGAACUGGUCAAUUACAUAUACAGAGAUGAAACCCUCAAGUCAUCCGAAUUAACGUCGAAAUUGGAGCCCGCUUUCCUAUCCGGCUUAAGAUGCGUUCAACCUCAGAUACGAGCGAAAUUCUUCGAGGUGUUCGAUGGAUCGAUGAGGAGGCGACUUCACGACAGGCUUCUGUACAUUAUCUGCAGCCAAAGUUGGGACGCGAUAGGUCCUCACUACUGGAUCAAACAGUGCAUUGAAUUACUUCUCGUCACCGCUAGCUCAACCACUCAGAUACAAAUGUCGAAUCAGGAUACUUUGCUACCGAGCAUAACUUCUGUCAUAAAUAUGGCCGACAGCGAGGAGCACAAGAAUUUUAUGAUAUACAGCUCGAUAAAGGAGGAGCCUCAGGACAUCUCGGAAGCGGCUGACGUGAAAGAUGAAAUAUUGGAUAUGGACUUGUCCAACAUAGACUCGACCACCGUUCCAGAAGAGAUCAUCACCACUGGGAAGGCAACGCUGACGCAGUUAAUCGCCAAGCAAGGUGAAUUCAUAGAAUACGCGAAAAAGAUCAGAACGGAACAAUUGCUAUUGGCUACCGCGCAACUUUGCCACAUGGACACAAAUCUGGCGGAACGCGUUUGGUUGGAUACCUUUCCAAGGAUUUGGAACAUCUUGGACGAGCAUCAGCACAACACCUUGAUAGCGGAAAUGGUGCCGUUUAUUUGCAGUGGUACACACGUCAUUCAAAAGGAUUGUCAUCCCAGUGCUAUAGCUACCUUCGUCGAAGCACUUUCGCACUGCAAUCCUUCGGUACCUAUCAGACCAGCUUUAAUGAAAUAUCUAGGAAGAUCGCACAAUCUUUGGCACAGGAUGACUCUGAGCUUGGAACAAAUGGCAUUCGACAAUGGAAACAAUCAGUUUAAAAUUAAAAGAGAAUCGGAUUGCUACGAUUUCGAACCUGACAAUAGUCCUCACGCCGAGAUCUUGGAUUCUCUGUCCGACAUGUACUCUUUGUUAUACGAGGAAGACAUGUGGUCCGGUCUCUGGCAAAAACACGCUCACUACAAGGAAACUUUGCAGGCAACUGCAUUAGAACAACAAGGAUUCUUCGAACAAGCUCAAGGAGCUUACGACGUGGCGAUGACAAAGUUCAAACAGGAUUACGUAUCUACGCCUGCUCCCUUCAAAAUACAACGAGAAGCGAUGCUCUGGGAACAACAUUGGAUAAGAUGUGCAAAAGAGUUGAAUCAAUGGGAUUUGCUUUUAGAUUAUGGUAGCAAAAAGGCAGAGAAGAAUCCCUUCUUGAUCUUGGAGAGCUCUUGGCGUAUUCCCAAUUGGACGAUGAUGAAGGAAGCUCUUGCUCAAGUGGAACACAAUUGUCCAAAGGAAAUGGCGUGGAAGGUGAAUCUUUAUCGAGGCUUCUUGGCAAUAUGCAACAGCGAGGAUCAACAUUUAAAUGCAGUGGAACGAUAUGUAGAGCUUGCAUCCGGUUUAUGCAUGCGUGAAUGGCGUAGAUUACCUCAUAUCGUGAGCCAUGUGCAUUUACCGCUAUUGCAAGCCGCCCAACAAAUUAUGGAGCUUCAAGAAGCGAUGCAGAUUCAUCAAGGUUUAUUACACGGAAGAAGCACGUCGUUGCACGAUAUGAAAGCUAUCGUGAAAACAUGGAGGAAUCGAUUGCCCGUAAUAGCCGAUGAUUUGAGUCACUGGUCAGAUAUUUUCACCUGGCGACAACAUCAUUACACGUUUAUAUCAAGCCACUAUGACUCGCAACAAGAUCAAACGUCCAAUCACUCGAUGCUCGGUGUUCACGCUUCCGUCCAGGCGAUUAUUCAUUUCGGCAAAAUAGCUAGGAAACAUAAUCUUUGCGGUGUAUGCCUGGAUUCUUUGUCGCGAAUCUAUACGAUACCCAGUGUGCCUAUAGUUGAUUGCUUUCAAAAAAUCCGGCAACAAGUAAAGUGUUAUCUACAAAUGGCAUCGGUUAGCGGGAAAAACGAGUUACAAGAGGGAUUGGAGGUGAUCGAGUCGACGAAUCUGCGAUAUUUUACUAAGGAAAUGACCGCAGAAUUCUACGCUUUGAAAGGAAUGCUGUUGUCGCAGAUAGGUAGAUCUGACGACGCUAACAAAGCCUUCUCAGCCGCUGUUCAAUUGCACGACACAUUAGUGAAAGCUUGGGCUCUAUGGGGUGAUUAUCUGGAGCACAUAUUCACACGUGAUGCACGUCAGAUUUCUAUUGGAAUCUCUGCCAUCACUUGCUUCCUUCAUGCCUGUAGACAUCAAAACGAAUCCAAAUCUAGAAAAUAUUUGGCCAAAGUCCUGUGGCUGCUUACUUAUGACGAUGAUAAAUUCUCUUUAAUGGAAGCUGUGGACAAAUACGCUGUAGGCGUUCCCCCAAUUCAAUGGUUACCCUGGAUACCUCAAUUACUGAUGUGUUUGGUCAGACACGAAGGAAAUGUCAUCCUAAAUUUAUUAAGCCAAGUUGGAAGAAUGUUUCCACAAGCUGUGUACUUCUCCAUUAGAACUCUCUAUCUUACGUUAAAGAUUGAACAACGUGAAAGAUAUAAGAGUGCAGAAUUAGCUGCUGGAAAGAAUCAGGAAGGUGUGGAAGGCCGUGGAGCUGCAGGAAAUGUGCAGCAACAAGGAGUACCUGAAACGGGACCAAUUCGAGCCACACCGCCUAUGUGGAGGUGCUCGAAGAUCAUGCAUAUGCAAAGAGAUAUUCAUCCUACUAUUUUGUCUAGUUUGGAAGGCAUUGUAGACCAAAUGGUCUGGUUCCGAGAAACUUGGUAUGAAGAAGUCCUAAGACAAUUGAGACAAGGUCUAGCCAAAUGUUAUGCCAUAGCUUAUGAAAAUCGUGGCGCUGUAAGCGAAGCAACCAUAACUCCACAUACAUUGAAUUUUGUGAAGAAAUUAGUCUCUACUUUCGGUAUAGGAAUUGAAAAUAUAUCCUCCUCUCAAAAUGUGAACAACACGUUCGGCUCGGCGGCUUCAGAGUCUCUGGCACGCAGAGCUCAGGCUACCGUCCAAGAUCCCGUUUUCCAAAAGAUGAAAGGUCAAUUCAAAAGCGAUUUCGAUUUCACUGUACCUGGAGCGAGAUUACUUCACAAUUUAAUCAGCAAGUUGAAGAAAUGGAUCAAGAUUCUCGAAGGAAAAACGAAACAAUUACCGAAGUCUUUUUUGAUCGAAGAAAAGUGUCGAUUUCUUAGCAACUUCAGCUUGAAAACUGCCGAGGUAGAACUUCCUGGCGAAUUUCUAUUACCUAAACACUCUCAUUACUACGUAAGAAUAGCCAGAUUCAUGCCAAGAGUUGAAGUUGUUCAACGACACAAUACAGCAGCUAGAAGAUUAAGAAUUCGUGGACACAAUGGACGUUUGUACCCUUAUUUAGUGGUCAACGAUGCCGGACUAGGUGAUGCGAGACGCGAAGAACGCGUUCUACAACUCUUGCGAAUGUUGAAUCACUAUUUGGCUAAACAAAAAGAGACCUCAAGAAGAUUCUUACACUUCACUGUUCCUCGUGUAGUCGCAGUUUCACCACAAAUGCGAUUAGUCGAGGAUAAUCCUGCUUCCAUCUCUUUACUAGACAUUUACAAACAAGGCUGUGCGAAAUUAGGUAUAGAACAUGAUGCGCCUAUAGCUAGAUAUUACGAUAGAUUAGCAACAGUACAAGCUAGAGGUGCACAAGCGAGUCAUCAAGUUUUAAGGGACAUAUUGAAAGAAGUGCAGACAACAAUGGUUGCCAAGACCAUGCUUAGAGAUUGGGCGAUGAAAACAUUCCCUGGUGCAACGGAUUAUUGGACUUUCAGAAAAAUGUUCACUCUACAACUUUCUUUGACUUGUUUUGCGGAGUAUGUGCUUCAUCUAACAAGAUUGAAUCCAGACAUGAUGUAUGUGCAUCAGGAUUCAGGACUGAUCAAUAUUGCUUAUUUCAAGUUCGACGUUGAUGAUACAUCCGGUGAAUUGGAUGCAAACAGACCAGUUCCCUUCCGAUUGACACCAAACAUUUUAGAAUUUCUUACCAGUACAGGUGUCUCCGGACCACUAACUGCGAGUGCUAUUGCUACAGCUCGUUGUUUAGUUCAACCAUCUUUUAAAGUACACACGAUUCUUCGUGCAAUUUUACGAGAUGAAGUAAUUGCGGAUCAUAAUAAGAAACAAGAAGAUGCUGAAAGUUCGUCACAAACUCCAACGGAUAUGAAAGGUGAACUUUUAAUAACGAUGGUCACUCGAGCAGUUAAUGCAAUCGUUGGAAGAUUGAAUUCUUUGGCCAAUUUUGAUGGAACGGAUAGUAAAGUCAGUACUCUGGUCGCAGCAGCCAAUAGUCACGAUAAUUUAUGCAGAAUGGAUCCGUCUUGGCAUCCAUGGUUGUAACCACGUUUUCUUAGGAACUACUCGUGCUUCCAAUGUGAAAAAAUAUAGAAAAAUUGAUGCAUAUGAUUGAUGCAAAUUGAUGCAUUUCUCGCAGAAAUCAUAUGCAAAAGUUGUAUUAUUAUUUUUAUUUUCAAUUGCGAGAUUAUUUGAUUUUAAUCGUAAGAAACAUUAUAAUCAUUAACUUUAAACUUUAUAUUUGUACGAUUUUUGCUUGAAUUUCAAUUAUUUUAUUUUAUAAUUAUUUUAAUCUUAUAUAUAACUUUAGUCUUGAGUGUUAUAAGUCAUGUAAAUAUUAUGUAGGAACAUAAGAAACUAUUUUCAAAAUGUGACAUCUACUGAUUCAGUCAGAAUGAAUCAUUGAGUUAUUUUAAUCAUUUGUUCUCUUGUACGACACAACACAUGUUUAUAUCGUGUAAAAAUUCUCACCUUGGGAAUGUUUCACCUGUAUCAUUUAUUGUAUAUACUAUUUUUAAAUGUAAGAGUUAUUUACAGUGACUUAUCAAAAAGUGUUUAUAAGUCUGAAAGAGGAAAAGAAAGAGAAAUAAACUAUCCAAAACAAUUACCUUUUCUCAA